CACUCUAACUUGAAAAGUUGAAGUUACUUUAAUCAAAUCUUCCUCCUCGAGCAAAAAUGGGUUUAAACGGUUACGCACGAAGUCCCAGAGUAGACUUCCAUUUUAAAUUCAGGCUCAUACUCCUCCUCAGUGUUAGCCGAGAAGGGUUUCUCUCGAUUCUCUUCAACAUCCCUUCCGAUCAAUCGCCUCCUUCCUCCCCAGGAUGAGUAGUCGUUAUCCAGAGGUUCUAUGGGCUCAGCGUUCGGAUAAGGUUUAUCUGACCGUUUCUUUACCUGAUGCCAAAGAUAUUUCUGUGAAGUGUGAACCUCAUGGGUUAUUUAGCUUCUCUGCAAAGGGGUUGCAAGACUCAUCUUUUGACUUCACUUUGGAACUCUUUGGCUCCAUUGUGCCUGAGGGCUGUAAAACUAAGGUUGGCUUGAGGAACAUAAUUUGCUCCAUCCAAAAAGAACAGAAGGGUUGGUGGAAAAGGCUCUUGAAAACAGAAGAAAAACCUGCUCCAUACUUGAAGGUUGACUGGAACAAAUGGUGUGAUGAAGACGAGUCAGACUCCGCUUUGACUUCUGAUGACGACCUUGGAUAUAUGGGCCAAGAUGAUGGAAGUGGCGAGGAUGGAGGAAUGCUCUAUCUCCCUGACUUGGAAAAGGCAAGAGGAAACUAGCAAAGGCGGCUGUAAAUAGCCAACAACUUGAAGGGGGAGUUUGUAUAGUAAUAUCCUAGAACAAUUAGAUUGACUAGCUAAGUUGAAUACUGUUUUUCUUUUAUGACUGAGUUUUGUAUCAAGUUUGAUGGUGCUCAUAAAGUUGUCUGAACUUAGCAUUUGAAAGCUGGAUUUAUACACUUGUCUGUCCUCUCAUUAGCUGAUUCGUUCAGAUUUUGCAGUCUCAUUAUCAAUUUCUUAUUUCA